ACCGGCCACGAGAUUAAGUCGUUGUCAAUGGAUGAUUUGGAAGCUUACUAUUCUCACUAUAAUUUACCGGCGAUGGUUCCUCCUCCGCCGCCGGGAGUUUCUCCGAUUCCAAUUACUUCAGCUCAUUCCGUCUAUUUGCCUACCCAUGUCUCAAUUGGAGCUCGCGAUGAGGUUAGGACGCUUUUCGUCGCCGGACUUCCUGAAGAUGUCAAGCCUCGGGAGAUCUACAAUCUCUUUCGUGAGUUCCCAGGAUAUGAGACUUCGCAUCUCCGGAGCUCAGAUGGAGCUAAGCCCUUCGCAUUUGCUGUGUUCUCGGAUCUGCAAUCAGCUGUAGCGGUGAUGCAUGCUCUCAAUGGAAUGGUGUUUGAUCUUGAAAAGCAUUCUACUCUUCACAUUGACCUUGCCAAAUCAAAUCCCAAAUCUAAGCGUUCAAGAACAGAUGAUGGUUGGGAAAGCUUGAAAAAACUCAAGUCUUGGAACACUACUACUGAAUCUGGUUUUGGCAGCUUUCAAACUCCUGGAAUGAGUAGUUCUGCUUACAACACAAUUGGUUAUUCACCUGCACAAAGUCAAGGAAUUGCUAAUGUUGCUGGGAGGGCACCGACUUCUAGAAAACCUAGUAAGGCGGCAGAUCCUUGUCCAACACUUUUCAUAGCGAAUAUGGGACCAAAUUGCACCGAAGCUGAGCUAAUUCAAGUUUUCUCGAGAUGCCGUGGAUUCUUGAAGCUGAAGAUUCAGGGUACAUAUGGGACUCCUGUUGCAUUUGUUGAUUUCCAGGACGUCAGUUGCUCAAGUGAAGCACUACAUACUCUUCAAGGCACAGUGCUUUACUCAUCCCUCACUGGGGAAGUUUUGAGGCUGCAAUCACGGAUGGGAAUGCGUAAGAAGAUUAAUUAGGGUUAGAAUUGAUUAAGCUCUGAUAAGUAAAGAUAAAGUAGAAAUGUCAUGCCAAAACAGCAUAGGUACUGAACUUUGCUAUAUGUAUGUAUAGUUAGAGUCCGCAGAUUAUAAUUUAUCAUGGUUCCUUCAUACCCAAAGGAGGAGAAUAGUGUUGUUGGGGUCGUCAAUAAUCCAUAUGGUCAAGUUUAAUCGUCAUCGUAGUAGCAAACUAACUGUGAGUUACCGUCAAAGACCAUUUAUGGCCCACGUAAAACGACGCCGUUUAAAUCUGAGUCAAAGCCCAUUUGUGGCCCACGUCGAAACACAGUCGUUUCACUCCGACUAGUAAACUAAAAUCCCGGAAAUUCUCAUCCGCAUGAGCUCCGGUGAAAAAUGGAGACGUAAGCAGGAGCCUCUCGUCUCUGCAAUCUGAGACCUCGAAAGACCUAAAAUCCUUCAACAGGUAACACUUUAAUUCCUCUUUCGCCUAGAAAGAAUCUCGUGUUUGUUUUUGGGUUUUAGCUAAGAAUUUUAGGAAAAAGCUUGGAACAUAUUUGGCUCUCUUAUGAAUUGCAUUUGGUUUGUACUUAUGAUCUCUGUGUGGAAUCGAAUCAAAAUUAUCAAUCUGAAAGUGACAAUGAUCCCUGGUU